AAGUAUCAGGGUUUCAGUUUCAACACAGUAGCCAUGUUGCCCCUUCCUGAGCCAUGAGUAGGCAGCUGAAGGACUCUGGACUGAGAGCUUGAACGUGGUCUUCUCUUAUUAAAAUCUCUGCCUUCCUCUUAAGGAACGGUAGCUGGUUUGUUUGCACUUUCUUACCCAUGGUACCCAUGGUAAACGGGGGAAUAAUACGUUUACUCCCUUGACCACCAUCCUGGGCGCGCUGCAGGGAUAAUUUAAUUCAAGCAGCUCUGUCUCUUGCUACUUGUUAGCUUGGCUUCUUGGUUGCCCUUGUAUGUUUCUUCCUUUUUCUAAUAUAUACUUUUAAAGUUUCUUUAUUUAUUUUGAGAGAGAGAGUGAAAGAGAGGGAGGACAUGAGCAGGGGAGGGGCAGAGAGAGAGAGAGAGAGAGAGAGAGGGAGAGAGAUCCCAAGCAGGCUUCGCGCUGUCGGUGCAGAGCCCGACAUGGGGCUCAAACUCGUGAACAGUGAGAUCGUGACCUGAGCCAAAACCAAGAGCCGGGCGCUUGACUGACUGUGCCAUGCACGUGCCCCGCCAUUGUAUGUUUGUCUGUGAUGCUUCUUUUUGGCUGCUUCCCCACGUGGCAGGAAGGGAGACUGAGGAAAACAGGAAGCAGAGGCUGAGCACAGGGGCUGCCCACGGACAGUGCAGGCUCUCACAGUCCUCUGGGAGCAGCAGUAGCCAGACAAGCCCGGGCCCCUGGACAGUGGCACGCCUCAGGGCUCAAGCUCUCUGCAGGCUGUCGCCUUCCAACCGCUGUCACCUCCCCAACGGGCCUGUGCCUCCGGCCGCCUCACUCUUCUGAGCAGAACCGCCGGCAGCCACAGAUGAUCCAGAUGCUGGGGUGAGGCCAGGGUUUGUGCAGGCCGGGUCCAGCCAGCCCCCUGGGUGCUCCCGGGCAGGGGCUGGUGCAGACCUCUGAUCUGUGCUGAGCGGACCGUCAGCUGAUGCGGAGAGUGGGUCUCACAGCCAGACUCGUCCCCCGCGUGCCACUUGUCUGUUGGCCUCUUGCAGGGGCUCCGGGGGUGCCAGCGUGCAGUGAAAAAUGCCUCUCAUCCCCAUUUGUUCUUCCACAGCUCCUUCCCUGUCCCUGUGCAGUUCACAAUUAGCAUUUCUGAUGCUUCUGAGUGAAUGCAGGACAGAUGUUCGCACAGGUGCUGCACUCCUCGUUGGGUAAACAGUGGGGCUUGCAGACUGUGUGUGUGUGUGUGUGUGAAGCGAGGGGCCUUUGACGUGUGCACAGACCUUACAACAUUUCUUUUCAAGGCACCUGAAGCACUUUGUGCAUGGUAGGUGCUCAGUAAGUACUUUUCGGUGAGUGAUCUGUUCCGGCGAAAGCCCUUCGUUUCAAUGAAGCCAGUGACACAGGGGCAGGGAGUAGAAUUGCAAGCCAAGUCUUGAAGUUCACGGACGGAGGAAGGAGAAAUGCCAUCCUGCCUCCCCAAGAGAUGACCUGCGGGCGUCCGGCAGCCACAGUUCUCUCUCUGCCUUGGCAGGAGGGGUGGCGGGGGAUGUGCAGGAGUCGCGAGACCAGGGUGGUGAGGAGCCUUCGACGGUGGAAGUGAGCUUGGUGCCUCCUGGCCAGGCACCUGCCCUACACAGGUGCGCUCACUGUGCUCCCCUGGGAGAGCGAACUUGCAGUUUCGCCGUGCACUGGUUUGUAGAUGGGGUUAUGAUGCUGCCCAAGACAACUGCUUCCCCGCGGACUUCUGGUUGGUGCACCUGGUCAGAGUGCUUCCCUUUGGAACCCGGGGACUUGGGUCCGGUCUCCCUAAUGUGGCGGACAGCCCUCCCGCGGCUCCUGCCUUGUCUCUGCCUGUGUCAGCCUCAGGAUCCCUGAACCCUCUGUGGUCUCCCAGACACGCCCUGCUGUUUGCUUCUCUGAGCUUUAUGCAUGACCUUUCCUGUUUCUGGAGUGUUCCCCUCACCACACCCCCAUCCACCUUGUGAACCUCCUUCAUCCUUCAUCCUUCAGAAGUGGCCCAGACAUCACCCCUGAAUCCCCCUGCCCCCGCCUCUGCCCACUAGCCCCCGUGGAAGGUAGCUGUGACAUCCUUUUCUAGGCUGUUGUAAGUAAGAAAUGGCUUUAUUGCACAGGAUCACUUUCCUUCUUUUGCCUCCUGAUUGUGGGCCUCAUGAGGACAAAGUACAGGGUUUGACUUUUUCGAAUCCAACGCCUGGCACCAUGCCUGGUAUACAGUAGGUGCUGCAUAAAUGUGUCCUUCAAUUAAACCAUAGUUGUUUGUAUCAAGAAGGUCAGCCUUUUAAGGUUUCACCCUCCCUCGUUCUCCCCCAAAUCACGACAUGACGUAUGAAGCCUGGAGAGUUGCGGUCAAGGUCGUGUUUGCAACCUCAGGAUGCCAGGGGCCCUGUGUAGCCAGUUGAGGGUGGGCACCUGGGGCGGUGAUCACUACCCUAAAGUAUUAAGAGGCACUCAGUUUCCCAGCCGCUGCUCUCAACCCUCUAGCCAUUUCCCCUGCGAGUUCAAGGCCCUUCUGUGCUGAGCUCAUGUAUUACAGGGAAUCCCGUAGGUCCCCGUCAGCUGGCCGGAAACAAAGUUAGAGGUAGCACAGGGCAUUACCCUGGCCUCUUCCAAACCAGGGUCUCUCCUUCUAGAACAGUGCAUGACCCAUAGUACUGGCCUAGUUGAGCCUUUUGUUUUCCCUUUCCUCCUCUGGCCUGAGCCUUUGGCAGGAUGGGUUUCGGGCUUGAGGCCAGUGAUUCAGCUAGGCUGGCUCUGUGCCAGCUCUUGCCUUUCUGGAGUCGGUCUAUCUGCCCGGGGCCCUGCCCGGGUUUGCAGUCCCGACUAGCGUGCGCUGCAACAUGGGUCUGCCUCCCUCGCCAUCUUGCAGCCAGUCAGCAGAAAGGGAAGGCCUGAGCAAAGGAGAUGUGCACUCUGCUUUCUUGCAGCAUCGGGCCUUUUGCUCGAUUUUUAUCUGGGGGGCUUUGAAGAGCCAGCCAGCGCAGAAGCCGGGUGGCAGCGCUACGCCCGGAAAACUCAUCAGUGUCACUCUGGUUUAUUUUCCUCUUCUCUUCGAGCUUUUUCCCAUGGAGUGGGGCUCUCAGCGACAACUGGCGAACGGUCGGGCGAUUGCUCGUUGUUCAUUCUGGCGGGCACCGGUUUCCGGAGGGCUCCGGGUGCUCUGUGGGUAUUCACAUUUGUCUCUGUGAUGCCCGGAGCUCGGUUGGCCGCAGUCCCAGCUAAUGGCUGAAGAAACUGAGGCUCCGGGGACUCCGAUGGUGAACCGGGGGAGGGGAGGGGCACCGUCGGGAGUGAACCUGGGUGUUUUAUCUCGAAGAGGAUGCGGACGGUGUGUGUGUUUGAGAAUGGGCGAGGUUGUGGACAUGUAAGAGGAGGGGGGACAGGAGCAAGGAUUGAAUGGGGCUGGAGUCCCUCCCCCGUGUAAACCUGCCUGGAAGCGGUCACGGCCUGGCAUCCUCUCCCGUCCAGGAGCUCAGAGGCGACCUCUUUGUCUAGGCCCCAGAGGAAGGUCGCAGUGGCUUUACCCCGCCUGUGCCGACCCUGCCCUUGCUGGGUGGGGGUUGGGACAUAGAAGCCCUCCCCUCCUGCGGGCUCCUUCCGUCUCCUCCCUGGUGCAGCUUUAUGGCGGCAUAUGGAAACUGUUUCUAUUUACCCGGCACCACCAGGAUGCUGCCGCACGCUGUGCUCCAGCGAACGGAAACCUUGGAUUCCCCGCAGGGUCAUUUCAGAGGCUGCGUGCAAAGCAGCCAGCUGUUUUGCAGGGAGCGUCUGGGCCCUGUUACAUCAGCGUGGAGGAAGCGUUACCAUCUGUGCAAACAGGUCAUAUCCUCGCUUGUCGGCCUGUCCUCUGUAUGGGGAACUUCUCUCCUACUUGGAGUCAGUUUUUUGUUACUGGUGUUUCGUAUCCUAGUGCCUGCCCGUUGGGCCUUUUCUUUCAGCUCCUUCCCCUCCUCCUGCCAGUGAUUUUCUGUUCACCUCCCUGGGGCUGAUUGCCAAGGUUCAGGGAGGGUAGUUAAGGGUCAGGUGUUGCAUAAAUCUUCCGUGGCUGAGGUCUGCUGGCCUGAAGAGGCUGCCGCCCGCCCGCCUGGUUUCCGCAUGAGAGCUCUCUGCCCAGGGCAGCAGAAGUGUGGGACGAAAUGUUUCCCUUCGGGGAACUUUCCCCGGAGGCACAGAAUGGGACCUUCUUGGUUUUGCCAAGAAUGUUCCUGGCCAGCUUCCUCCGGCCCUUCUAAAAACCUCCUGGGGGCCAACGGAGAAGCUGGCUUGCUGGGAGGGCCUGGGCAGAGUGGAGGCUCCUCCCAUCCUCCUGCACCUGCUGGGUGUCUUUCUCCUUCCCUCCCGCUUCCAGCCCAGCCGCCUCCCAGGAAAGCAGACAUGCAGAGGCGAGGGCCAGCCACCGCCUUCCUGGAGGUGGUGGUAGAGCGCCAGAUUCCCGACAGCCCCGUGGUGAGGUCAUCUCGUCUCCACCAGCUGGGCCCUUGCGAUGGAGGCAGCUAUGCCGUCCACGACUCCCGGGCCCCCAGUCUAGGCUCAGGGGGUGAGAGUCCCCCAUCAAGCCCCACCGGACACAACUGGGAGAUCAACUAUCAAGAGGCAGCAAUCUACCUCCAGGAAGGCGAGAAUAAUGACAAGUUCUUCACCCACCCCAAGAACGCCAAAGCGCUGGCGGCCUACCUCUUCGCACACAACCACCUUUUCUACCUGAUGGAGCUGUCCACGGCCCUGCUCCUGCUGCUGCUCUCCCUGUGUGAGGCCCCCGCCGUCCCCGCGCUCCGGCUCGGCAUUUACGUCCACGCGACCCUGGAGCUGUUCGCCCUGAUGGUGGUUGUCUUUGAGCUCUGCAUGAAGUUGCGGUGGCUGGGCCUCCACACCUUCAUCCGACACAGACGGACCAUGGUCAAGACCUCCGUGCUGGUGGUGCAGUUCAUCGAGGCCAUCGUGGUGCUGGUACGGCAGACAUCCCACGUGCGUGUGACCCGGGCUCUGCGCUGCAUUUUCCUCGUGGACUGUCGGUACUGCGGCGGCGUCCGGCGCAACCUGCGACAGAUCUUCCAAUCUCUGCCACCCUUCAUGGACAUUCUCCUGCUGCUGCUCCUCUUCAUGCUUAUCUUCGCCAUCCUUGGUUUCUACUUGUUCUCCUCUAAUCCUUCGGACCCCUACUUCAGCACCCUGGAGAACAGCAUCGUCAGUCUCUUUGUCCUUCUGACCACAGCCAAUUUCCCAGAUGUGAUGAUGCCCUCCUACUCCCGGAACCCCUGGUCCUGUGUCUUCUUCAUCGUCUACCUCUCCAUCGAGCUGUACUUCAUCAUGAACCUGCUUCUGGCCGUGGUGUUCGACACCUUCAACGACAUUGAGAAACGCAAGUUCAAGUCGCUGCUGCUGCAUAAGCGAACUGCCAUCCAGCAUGCCUACCGCCUGCUCAUCAGCCAACGGAGGCCCGCCGGUGUCUCCUACAGGCAAUUUGAAGGCCUGAUGCGCUUCUACAGGCCCCGGAUGAGUGCCAGGGAGCGCUAUCUGACUUUCAAGGCCCUGAAUCAGAGCAACACAUCUCUGCUCAGCCUGAAGGACUUUUAUGAUAUCUAUGAGGUUGCUGCCUUGAAGUGGAAGGCAAAGAGAAACAGGGAACAUUGGUUCGAUGAGCUUCCCAGGACAGCGUUCCUCAUCUUCAAAGGAAUUAAUAUCCUUGUGAAGUCCAAGGCCUUCCAGUAUUUCAUGUACUUGGUGGUGGCCGUCAACGGGGUGUGGAUCCUCGUGGAGACCUUCACGCUGAAAGGUGGGAACUUCUUCUCCAAGCACGUGCCCUGGAGUUACGUCGUCUUCCUGACGAUCUACGGGGUGGAGCUCUUCCUGAAGGUUGCUGGCCUGGGCCCCGUUGAGUACCUGUCCUCCGGGUGGAAUCUGUUCGACUUCUCUGUGACCGUGUUUGCCUUCCUGGGACUGCUGGCUCUGGCCUUCAACAUGGAGCCCUUUUAUUUCAUAGUGGUCCUGCGUCCCCUCCAGCUGCUGAGGUUGUUCAAGCUGAAGAAGAGGUACCGCAACGUGCUGGACACCAUGUUUGAGCUGCUGCCGCGCAUGGCCAGCCUGGGCCUCACCCUGCUCAUCUUCUACUACUCCUUCGCCAUCGUGGGCAUGGAAUUCUUCUGCGGCAUCCUCUACCCCAACUGUUGCAAUACCAGCACAGUGGCCGACGCCUACCGCUGGCUCAAUCACACCGUGGGCAACAGGACUGUUGUGGACGAAGGCUACUAUUAUCUCAAUAACUUUGACAACAUCCUGAACAGCUUUGUGACCUUGUUCGAGCUCACAGUUGUCAACAACUGGUACAUCAUCAUGGAAGGUGUCACCUCUCAGACCUCCCACUGGAGCCGCCUGUACUUCAUGACUUUCUACAUCGUGACCAUGGUGGUGAUGACGAUCAUCGUUGCCUUCAUCCUCGAGGCCUUCGUCUUCCGAAUGAACUACAGCCGCAAGAACCAGGACUCGGAAGUUGACGGAGGCAUCACCCUGGAGACGGAGAUCUCCAAAGAGGAGCUGGUUGCCGUCCUGGAGCUCUACCGGGAGGUGCGAGGAGCCACCUCGGACGUCACCCGGCUGCUGAAGGUCCUCUCUCAGAUGGAGAGACACGAGCAAAACUCCGUGGUGUUUCUGGGACGGAGAUCGAGGACCAAAAGUGACCUGAGCCUAAAGAUGUACCAAGAGGAGAUUCAGGAGUGGUUCGAGGAACAUGCCCGUAAGCAAGAGGAACAGCGGCGACAGCUCAGCGGCAGCCGCCAGGCCCCCUCCACCCCGCAGCUCCCAGGCAGCCGCCAGCGUUCCCAGACCAUCACCUAACCCCAGCCUGCGGCAGCCAUCCCUUCUAUGCAAUAACACAAUAGUAUUAUUUUACUACGAUGUAUUGAAGAAAAAAAAAAAGGUGUGUGUGUGCACGUGUACGUGCACACACACACACCCAUAUAUAUGCACAUAUUUAUAUAUAGGAAGAGAAAAAGACAAGACGGGGUUUGCUGUGCAACCACCUUGCCCUGUCUUCCUUAACCCCAGAAGUCACUUUGGUUUGGGGGGCGGUCAGGCCACCGUGAGCUCUUCCUAAUGUGGAAAGUUCCAGAAGGCCUCUUCAGAAGAAGAGCACUUGGAUAGAUCCUGCCGAUCUCUGCAGGGCUCGCCUUCAAAGUGGGCCAGCCCCUCCCCAGGCCAGAGCCAGACCGUCUUCCCGAUGCUGCUCUCACACUCACGCCCCAGCUGACAGCUUCCCCAGUAACUUUCCCUGUGGCCCGCGUCACGGGGUUUCUGUGCCCUGCUUUAGGGACGAAACCACUUAGGAUGGAAAGAACCUACAUCCUCGGGGUUAGUAUUUCUAUAUAUAUGAUAAUGUAAUAGAACAUUCCUUUGGGGGAGCAGUGCCUAGGUCCUAAUGGAAAGAGUAAUCAAGGGGUGUGAUUAUACCCGUGUGGUCAGAUCCCAAUUAGCCGGCGCUGGGCAGCGCGAGAUUGUGCGAAUUUCACAUCCUGGCUCUGUAAGCCUUCUCUCCCACAUCCCACGCUUCCUUCGGUUUAACCCUUGUUGCUGCAAAUCCUGAAAUGGCCUCCUUGAGAAUCUCGGCCCAGCGGGGGGAGGAAAGAGAGAAGAGGCCAGGCUGACGGCUACCACCCCGGACCAGUUCCCGAGAUGGGCUUUCUCCACCAAGUCCCUUUUCCUUGCGAUCGUCUUGUUCAAGCAGAGACACAUCUUGGGUAACACGGGAUUCUGCUAAAGACAGCGGCAGCCCCUUCACAUCGUGCAUUAGGUUCUGCUGCUGGGAAGGGGCCUACAGGGACGUCCACAGCAGCCCUGUGGCUGGGCCCCUGCCAGUCCACAUGGACCGCUCCCCCCGCGCCUUGAGCAGUCACCUCCGUGGACUCGACCGAGGCCAGAACGGGGGCGGGGCGGGGGGUGGUGGUGCACAAGUAGGUUGGGUUGAGCGCUCGGUUAACCGAGCCCCCCUGUGUCUCGUGGGAGUGCUCGCUGAGGUCGGCAUGGGUGGGGCAGGACCGGUGCUCGAAUCCAGAGAAGGCAGUUGGGGGGCCGCUUCAGUGGGCGCGGCAGAGGCGGGGUCAGAGCACAGGGACCUCCAAGGUCAGCUUUCCUGGGCUGCCGACCCAGCCUGGGCUUCCUGCCCCUCCCCCGGCUUCCCAGCUGCCUCCACUGCCUUCCAGAACUUAGGAAGGUGGGUGGGCAGAAGGUCCCCAGCCUGAUGCCAGGGGUGCCAUACUGGCUCGCCCCCUUCCCCCCGUCUCUCCCCGGCCAUCCGCAAGGCCAAGCCUUCUCGGGACGGCCCUGAUGAUGCUGCACAGCUGUGCCCCUCCCGGGGGGGUGGCGGGGCUUUGUUUUUAAAGCACAGCCCUUUGGGGAAACAAUGAACCAGUGAGAUCUCCAUGGGGCAUCAGGAGACUGGCAUCGUCCUCUCCAGCUCUGGAGGGCCACCAGCCAAUCCAGGCAGCCCUGCACCAGGCCGUAACCCUUUGCCCUCUCCAGAGAAGGAACUUUAUUUAUUUGCACAAUUGGGUGCCUUUUAGCAUUUGUGUAUUGAAAUGGGUAGGAGUCGAGGGACAGCUUACAAAGGAUAGGUCCCCUGCCCUCAGUGCCUGGGCCUCAUUCUAGUCCCUUCCCCCCGGGAACCGGGGAGGGGCACCAGGGUCGUUGAGGCCCCCGGUGUGGGGGAUGGGAUGGAUGCCGCGGGCCAGACUCCCGUUGGUAGUGGGCGCCCUUGUCAUUGAGGCUAAGGACGGCUGGCCCCUGGGGGUCACCCAGGACUGUGAGCUCUGAGGGACCUGGGACAUCAUCCAGCUCACAUGCCCUCACCUCCCACGUCAUAGCUGAAUGAAACCGAGGUCCGCCCCGCCAACCCGCCCUGGGUCCCGCAACCUGCCAGCAGCCGCGAUGGCACUGUGCCCUGCCCCGCUUUGGGGGGACGCCAUCUGGUCCCUCCUCCUUGCUUCCCUCCCCCCACCCAGCAUUACUCCACACCAUGUGACAAUCAUUUUGUAUGGAUAGCGGGAGCGAUGCUGCAAGGUUUUGUACAUCGGUGUUUUGUUACCUAGAAAACCCACCGUGUCUCCGGAUUUCUGGCACAUUAAUAAAGGCCUCUGCUUUGUAAA